AUGGCGGAGCUUGAGGAGAUCAUCUCACCUAUUAGCAGAGCUUACGCGCUCGUAAUCGUCAAGCCAAUCCUCAAGGUCUUCACCGCGAAGAUCAGCGGACAGACGAGGAUCACGCUGGUGGCCACAGCUCUUCUUUUUGAGCUCGAUGACAUGCUCCUCCAUCGCCGAUUCUCCCCGCUGGCGUUCGCCCUGCUCACGGAACAUGUGAGUACACCUGAUUCAAGCACGAGCGUCACAUCGUCCACGCCUGCCUCUCCAACUGCAGAGCAACCAAACGCCAUUCUACUACAGCCGAAAAUCGCGACGGCAUCGAGUGUUUCCGGCGCACUCUCGGAUGGGGACGUCAAUGCGACAACUCCGGCGAAUAGACUUUCAUUUCCUGUGACCUACAGCUGGAAGGCUCAGAGCUUAAGUUCUACGAUCCCGGCGUCGCAGGCGAUGCCACGGAACUUGGAUCUUACAUCCCCUGGGGCAACAACGCAAGACCUUAGCACUACGUCUCCGGCGCUGGAAGCCGUGACGAAUCAUGCUGCGGCUGGCACUUCGGUCGCACCUCAAAGUGUAAGCACCGUGCAACCGUUAUCUAGCUCGCGAUUGCCCCGCGAAAACGGUAACUUCAAGUCACGGGCAUUCGAUGUAAUUUCAUCGGGCUUAGCUGACAUUGCGAGGAAAAUUCCCAGCACGGACACACUGCCAAUACCAAGAGCGGCGAGUCACGUGCCUGGCUCGGCGUCCUCGUUUCCCAAAAAGGAAGGCGUGAACGUGGCAAAUCCUAUCUCGACGCGGCUGGAGACGGCAACGCACAGUCACGAGAGUCAGCGCGAUCCGCCGCGUCACGUUAUCUCCUUUGAGGAACGCCCGGACGACGACGCGAAGAGCGCCGGUCCUGCCAAGGCUCCUGCAACUCGGUGCUACUGCGAAACGAUAAGGGAAGACCUUAGUUCCGACGCUGCGUCAUCGCUCGCUGAAAGCACGCCGCUUGAAGACGUGGCGGAGAGCAUGAAGCCAGAAGUCAACGGGCCGACCACUGCCUCACAAAACGCUGCGUCAUCGCUCGCUGAAAGCACGCCGCUUGAAGACGUGGCGGAGAGCAUGAAGCCAGAAGUCAACGGGCCGACCACUGCCUCACAAAACGCUGCGUCAUCGCUCGCUGAAAGCACGCCGCUUGAAGACGUGGCGGAGAGCAUAAAGCCAGAAGUCAACGGGCCGACCACUGCCUCAGAAAACGCUGCGUCAUCGCUCAGUAAACUCACGCCGCUUGAGCACGUAGCGGACAGCGGAGGGCCUGAAGCCAGAGAGUCGACCCCUGCCUCGGACGACACUGCGAAGGUGACCUGGUCUGCCAUUGUGACGAAGCAAGACACAUUCGAAAUGACGUCCCUACUGUCGGAGACGAGUGCCAGCAAUAAAACUUACGCACCGCCAUAUGAUUUUGACGCCACGAGAAAGAAGCCACACAGCGGGGAUCAAGUGAUGUGCAACAGCUCGUUCUGCCUGCACGAAGCGACUCGUCUGUCUGCGAUCUUUCAUCGCAACCUAGACCCCUGCGACGACUUCUACGCGUUCGCCUGCCAGGACUGGCUGGUAACCUCCAGUGACCAGGAAAAGUACGAGCACGUGAACGACGCACUCUCUGGAACCGUCGAAGAGCUGGCAAAGGGUAUUCUCGAAGCCGGACCGUCGUCAACAAUGGCUCCACUGUUGCGACUUUACGAAGCUUGCAUGCAAGACGCCUCAGCAAGUGGCGCUGACUUGCGUGAAACGCUGGCAUCGUUUGGACUGGACAUCACCAAGGUCGAUGCCCCGUCGCCUGAAGACGUGUUGGUGGCAGCAGCGAACGUGCUUCUCGGGCUUGGGAUCGCACCGCUUUUGUCAAUAGUCUUGCAACCGAAUCCUGAAGUCAAGGGUGCCACGAUAUUAGCGGUAAAAACAAUAAUUGAUCUUCAUAAAAUUGGAGUGCCUGAUAUGUAA